GGAUUCGUCUUGGAUUUCCGUAUGGGAAAGGAGGCUUCAGAAAGGAGUGCAGCAAAAGGGCUUAUUACAAGGAAAAUGACAAAACCAACCCAUCUGUUGAGACAAAAAUCUGUCUGAUACAGCUAUCCUCACUGUUUAGAGACUUUCUAUACUUCCGGGAGAGUGUAAAUAAAACGCUACAUAAGGGCAGCGUUCGUGAUGGCAACCUCGUUGGAAAAGGAGGGUCCUGUCGGUGCUUCAGGGGGGAAUGAAGGCGCAGACCACGAAGAGGAUCUGAAAGUGUCUGACGAAGCUGUCACAUUCAUGACCAGCAUAGGUAGGUAGUAUAGAUGCUGUAGGCUUGUGUGGUGUGGAGGGUUGACCCCUAUAGAAAAGUGCGUGUUCGCCCGGGAGGAAGCAACACCUGGUUUUGGCACAUCUUGAGCAGCCGAAGAGAGUUGGUCAGAGCUGCUGUUCAUUUCAUUCCAGCAUUUAAAAGGCAAUUAGAAAUCUGGCAUUAAUGGAAACAAUCUGUUUUAAUUUAGUCGCUCAAAAAAACUAGAUUCAGUGUAGCAACCAUAUUUUGCCUAUUAGUAUUAUGUACUGAAUUUUUUUUUAAUUUUCCUCUUACAUCAUUAAAUUUCCAUCACAAAUUGUUGCAGAAAUACUCACCAGAGUACAGCAAAUUAAGCACUCAAUGAUCAGAAUUUCUGGGGGGACCCCUAGAGCCCCUCUCAUUACAUGUGCCCUCAUAGGCUAUUUUAAAUGGGCUCAUAUUCUUGGCAUACGGGUAAUGAAACCAUUUAGUCAGAUGCUACUGACUGUCCAGUUUACCUACCUACAUUUUUACUGGCCUCUCAUUGUUUAAGUUGGGUAGAGCCUGUGCAAUAACUUAAUAAUUGCAGAAUGCCAAGGAGAAUCAAAAACUGAUGCAACUAGAAAAGGUCUCCAAAAUCCCACUUAAGAUAGGUCUCUGUUGAUCACAGUGUAUGUGCGAGUGCCCUGUUGUAUACAGCAGGUGCCCCUCUUUUACCACUGGCUCUCCAACAGCCAAAAUACUGCCUCCAACGGACAUUUAGUCAUAAACUCAUACUGGAAAAAUUCAGAUCUUACUGCACAUCCUAAAAUAUUGCACUGAUAUUAACAAUGCAAACUGUGAGUAAGAAGUUUAAGCCCACUUAAAUAAUAUUAAUAUAUUAAUAACAAAAUACAGGGAUUUGAUGUUUGAUUUUAAUCUUGAAGAGAAAAAAUGGAACAUCACCUUUGGUAUUUUACACACUUCCAACAGCCUGGUUACAUCCUUGUGAAAAACAAGUAAUGAGCUAUAGUAAAAAGCAAUUAAACAGUUCUGUACAGGCCUACAGAGUAUCGUGCCAAGAUUUUUUUAUUUUUUUUUAUAAUUCAGAAAGAACAGGAUAAAUCCCACUCCACUGAGCUAGCACAUUCAAUUUAUCAACAUACACAUACAAACAACCCCAGCACUCUUGUGAAAUCUCCUCCUUUUUUCCUCAGAGCCUGCAGAGCUGCAGAGGUGUGUGUUUGCAGACUCUCUGGUGACUGUGUCAGAGGGAGGAAGAGACCUGGGGAAGUUCACACUGACAGUGGAGUUUGCCAACAGAAGCCAGCAGCCAUGUAUGCUGCUGCAUGCUCAGAGCCAGGGGGCCAUCGAUAACUCUCCUUGUGGAACAACAGUGACUGGUGAGGACAGGCCUGAGCUAUUUACUAAAAGUCUAUGCAAACUGUUCGUCACUUUUGCUGUUUAAUGAUGUGUCAGUAUCAUCAUGCAUUGUUUCUGUUACUAUAUUCAAUUCAAGCGUACCUGACAACAGACCUGGAGGUGCUGGAGGAAGAUUACCAUGAGUAUGUCAAGGUGAGUGAAGUUCCUCACUCAAACUUAAAAUAGGGAUCGACUGCUACACCUGCCUCUCUCAUGAUCCCAUCCCGGCCAGCUUCCAUCUCCCAGCACUUGGUAUCUUUCUGCAAAAGCAGCUGGGGUCAUUUAUUAUUAUCAAUAGGUUAGAUGUAUUGAUGUGCGCCAUCUUGUUUUCAGGGGAGUUCCAAACAGUCACAGCAUAAAAAAGCAAUUUAAAUACAACCAAUAAUGAAAGAAAUAUCAGUCCGAGAUUCUGCUGGAAUGUUUUGAAGCGCAGGUUGCUUUGAUAGCUCCUUCAGCUGGUCUGUAUUGUUACUCUGGUGUCUCUCAGCUUUUUUCAAAUGACACUCCAGAGAUCCUCUAUGGGUUCAGGUCAGGUAGCAGCAGCAGAUUACAUGGUACCCUGAGUCAUCACAAACUGUGGAAACUUCAUGUUGGACUUCAAGAAUCUUGGAUUCUGUACCUCUCUGAUCUUCCUCCAGACUCUGGGACUUUGAUUUCCAAAUGAGAUGCAGAAUUAACAUUCAUCUGAAAACAGGACUUUUAGAUCCCUGAGGAGUUGUCCAGUUCUUUUUUUGUAAGUCCAGGUGAGACUCUGAUGACAUUGUUUCUGGUUCAGGUUAACACAACACUCCAUUUGAAGUUUUGAAUCUGUGUUCUGUAUCAAUCCUCUCAAGGCUGCACUCAUUCCUGUUGUUUGGUCACCUUUUCCGCCCACUGAAGGCUCGGUAAACCUUUGAAGGUGUUCAGAGUAGAUAAACUUAUUAGAGCUCUUGUCAAGGCUGAAAGAACUGACAUGAAACUUGACUUUCCCACAAUAUUUAAAUGUUUUUAUAUUGUGGAUUUUUGAGAGCUGUAAGUUUUAUUCAUUAAAAUUCAAACAAAGAAGUCUUCAACAUUUCGUUUUGUGUGUGUUGCUUUCUAACUUUCCAUUUUUUGUAGCUGGAGGGCCACAGUUUGGACAAGAGGUGUCACAUGGUGCAGCGUGAUGGGCAGAUGGUGAUCAAUAAAGUUAUCACAGUAGGAGAGGUGAGAGUUGAAAAAGGUUUUCAUUAUAUAGCAUCGUGGGUUUUGUUUGAAUCAAUAUUGCAAAUACAUUCAUCAAGGUUUCGGUACGUGACAUAAAAAGUGCCAAUUUUGGAUUUCUAGAACCUGAAGUCUUUUUGUGUGUGUAAGCAGAAGGUGACGAAGGAGAGCAGUUCCUAUCCUGUGUCCAUACUCAGAGGGUUGAUAACAGAGGGUUCAAACUUGCUGCUGAUGCGUCUGAUCGCUCUGAGGAGGAAGGUCCCAGAAAACAUGUCCUUUCUGUCUCUGGAUCCAGGGUUGCGCAUCAUUCACACCACCUUUGUGAGUCGGUGUAACAGAAAAAGGUCUUCUUCAUUGUGUUUAUCGAUGAACUCUGAUUAUCUGUCCUUCUGUGGUCAGACUGAGCUGGAUGUGAAGCAGCUGGAGAUUGGAGGUGAGACAGUGGAGGUGUUCGGGGUGGAGAGGACAGUUCACUCCAUGGAGGACAGCACCACCACCUGGCAGAGUUACUUCCUGGCUGAUGGGUAAGCUCAAAGACGUAACUGCCUCUGGUUUUAAUCAUGGUUGUACAGUCUCAUCUGCCACCGCAGUGGAUGGAACAGGGUACAAUUCGAUUUGAUUACAAUUCUUCUAGUCCUCUGUGCCUUUAUAAGGACUACAAAGGUCAGCAAGUUUUAAGUGAUGCUGUUCAUGUUGAAGUUUGACCAGUGAUAGCACUCAGAUGGAGCUAGAGGACUUUGAAAGAUAAAUCUAAAUCUCAAAAUCUACUAACAGGUAUUUUACAGGCAUAAAGAAAGAAAAAAUAUAGGAAAACACAAAACAAUAGUCAGAGUUGAAAGGGAACAUUGUGUAACAUGUCCUACAGUAACUGUAGUUCUUGUUAACCGUUUUCUCAUUCUGCAUCAAUAGAGACACCUCUGUAUGUUCUUUGUUUGAGUAGAGAGGACACACUGAAAAAAAAACUACUAACAUGUCCUCAUAAUUUCAAUAACCCAUAAUUUUUACGUGUCCCGUUAAAAGCUUCCAUCCCCUGCCGGUGUGUGUACUGUACACUGUAGAGCAAAUGUUUUUAAUUUGUCAGUUCAGCCGCUAGCUUUUUAUAACCACUGAAUGACAGCUUGGUUUGUUUAAAAAUCACUUUACAUCAUGAAAGCAGUACUACUAAAAGUUGUUUGUCCAGCUGCCCUAAAAGCAAUACUGUCAAAUAACUAUUGGAAUUGAGCAGAAAAUAUUAAACUACAUAAAUUGUAACUCAUCAACUCAUUUGAAAUAUAUUUAUUUCUAACUUCCUAGUUUCCUUAAGUGUCUUUUUUUAUGUGGGUUGAAUAGCACUUGUCAAAAGUAAGUGCAAUAUCCACGGGGAACCCCAGUCAGAAAACUUGUUUAUUGCAUUUCAAAAAAUAGACCAUGAAUGGGGUCUCCAACAGCAAAGUAAAUGCUGAUGACAACUAACUUUGUUUUGUAAUGUUUUUUAUGGGUGUCAGUUGUUUCCUUUUUGUGAAUAUUUAAAACCAACCUGUUUUUAUAACUUUGACGCCCUUUAUGGGGGGCUAGUUUGACUUGAAAAAUCAAUGUUUUUUUUAUAUCCUGAUCAGGCACUUGGCCAGCAGGAUGCAGGUUGGCUCUCCCAUCACCAUGAGGCUUCUGCAGCUGCCAUCACAGCAACAAAAAGGUAACUACGCUCUACUCAUAGCAAACUGGGAGAAAAAUAUUUGUGUUUUGUUGUUGCUGUUUUUAUCUUUGUGUGCAUUUUUUUACUUUUAGGUUUUGAAAAAGUCCCGCUGAUUUGGGAAGAAGACAUGCAGAUGUGCUCCAAUUUUCUGGACAGAAAGGUAAUUGUUGGUAAAUGUUGUUGGUAAUAAUAAACUAAAAUCAGGACAGCUUGUAGAAAUGUGUGUUUUUGUCUUGUUAUUCUAGGAGGAGCUGAAGGCUGACCAUGCCUCUUACCUUAGACAACACCCUGAGAUACGUGCGCUCAUAUCUGACUUCCUGCAGUUCUUGCUGCUGAGGAAACCUGAUGAUGUGAUCCAGUUUGCCAGAGAGUAUUUUCUCCCAAUUGCCUCUAGUCAAUCCUUAGAAGUCAGACUGAAAGCCCCGACUCCCUGAGGCCACAACUCACCUCAACAUGUCCUAUUUAUAUAUUUCUGUUUGUUGAUCAUUUUGACUUGAGACCAAGUUUGACAUUUGCCUCAGUUUGCUAUCUUUUUUCUUGGUGAAACCUGACUAUUGAGACAAGACAAAACAUGAAGAAGAUGCCAUAACUUUAAAACAUCAGACUUAACCUAUUCUGUGUGAUCUUCCUUGGGAAAUGAAAAAAGAGCCUGCUAUUUCUGAAUAAAGUGUUUUCUUUUUUUCCA